AUGGAAAUCCAGGGGCUGGUCGCGGGCCGGAGCCCGCGCGGGAGCCAACAUGGCGGUGGGCGCGCCGGGGCCGCCCGCCCCCGGCCACCCCCGCCCUGCGACCCGCCGCCGGGACCUCGUGUGCACGGAGGUUCUGACCCGCCAGCGUUCGCCGCGCCUACCCGGAGACGCCUUCUUCUCCGGGGGCCGGAAGAUGCCGGGGGCCAGCGGCGGGAUAAACCGCCCCCGCUCCCCGGGGAGGGCGAGGCCUCCGACGAGCUGGGCUUCCCCGUGUUCCUGAUGGAGGAGAAACCGCCGGCGGCCGGCGAGCCGGGCUCGGGCCUGGGCCUGGGCGCCGCGCCUCCGGCCGGCCCGGACAGCAGCGGCGGGGACGCCUUCCUGGUGGUUUUCAACUUGGUGCGGGGGACCGGGGAGAACGAGGGACGGGAGGCGGAGGGCCCGGCUCCGAAGCCCAAGGAGGCGGCGGCGGAGGAAGAAGAGGAGGAGGAGGAGGACGACGACGAGGAGGACGAGGAAGCCGGCGGCUGGAGCCGAGGCUGCAACGGCCGCCCUGGCCCGUCCUACGCCCCUCGAUCUUCUCGAGGCCUCCAGGCCGAGCCGCCGCCCCUCCCCGAGCUGCAGGCCUUGCAGCUUCUCCCCCCCGGGCCCGCUCCGGACGGGAGGGCCCCGCCCGCCGAGGUCCCCCCUGCGACGGCCGGCCCCCCGGCCCCCUCCUUCUCGGGCACCAUCACCAUUAACAACCAGAAUCUGAUCGUGCGGAUCGAAAAUGGUUUCCUCACUCUGGCGGCGCCCGGGGAUGCCCCCGGACCGGUCGGGGCCAAAGAGGCGGCGCCCAGCGCCUUGCCGGCCGGCGGGCCCGGGCUCGGCCCCGGCCCCGGUCCCGGCCCCCAGGCCCUGCCGGAAGAGCAAGACGGGAGCCAGGGCGCGCUUUGUGCCAUGGAGCAGGCCGAGCUGGGACUCCCCGAUCCGGUGGCCAAUUUCCUCUUGCCGGAGCCCGGGGACCCCCUGGGAAAGGCGCGGGAAGUCGAAGGGUCCACCCCGGGGGCCAGAAAAGGGGGCGCGGGGGCCACCGGGGUGGUGCUGGUCUACCACUGCCCGGAGCCCAAUUGCCCGCAGACCUUCUCCAAGAAGCACCAGCUGAAACUGCAUCUGCUGUCUCACAGCAGCACCCAAGGCCAGAGGCCCUUCAAAUGCCCCCUGGACGGGUGUGGGUGGUCCUUCACCACCUCCUACAAACUCAAGAGGCACCUACAGUCCCACGACAAGUUGAGGCCUUUCACCUGUCCCACGGGAGACUGUGGCAAGCGAUUCACCACAGUCUACAACCUGAAGGCCCACAUGAAGGGGCACGAACAAGAGAACACCUUCAAGUGCGAGGUGUGUGCCGAGCGCUUCCCCAGUCAUGCCAAGCUCAGCACCCACCAGAGGACCCACUUUGAGCCAGAGAGGCCCUACAAGUGCGAGUUUCCUGGUUGUGAGAAGACAUUUAUUACUGUAAGUGCAUUAUUUUCCCAUAAUCGAGCCCAUUUCAGGGAACAAGAACUAUUUUCAUGCUCUUUCCCCGGCUGCGACAAACAGUAUGACAAGGCAUGUCGGCUGAAAAUUCACUUGCGAAGUCAUACAGGUGAAAGACCUUUUAUCUGUGACUUUGAUGGUUGUGGCUGGUCCUUCACUAGCAUGUCUAAACUCUUAAGACACAAAAGGAAACAUGAAGAUGAUAGGAGGUUUACCUGUACUGUAGAAGGCUGUGGGAAGUCUUUCACAAGAGCAGAACAUUUGAAAGGCCACAGUAUAACUCACCUGGGCACAAAGCCGUUUGAGUGUCCUGUAGAAGGGUGCUGUGCUAAGUUCUCUGCACGUAGUAGUUUGUACAUUCACUCUAAGAAACACCUUCAAGAUGUGGAUUCCUUAAAAAGCCGCUGUCUUGUCUCCAGUUGUAGUAAACUAUUCACAUCGAAGCACAGUAUGACGGCUCACAUGAUCAAACAGCACAACUUCAGUCCAGAUCUCUUAACCCAGCUUGAAGCUACAACUUCCCUUACACCUAGCAGCGAACUUACCAGCCCAGGGCAAAAUGAUCUCAGCAAUGUAGAUCUUGUGUCUCUCUUUAAUGUAUCUGGUAACGGUUCUACAGUUGCAACCGACGUAGCACUGGUGAACUCUGGAAUUCUCACUAUUGAUGUUGCUUCAGUGAGUUCGACUCUUGGAGGGAACCUUCCUGUUAAUAAUAAUAAUAAUAGCAAUUCCUUAGGGCAGACGGUGGACCCAUUGAUCUUGGUGGCUAGCAACGAUAUCCCUCACGGUUUGGACAAUUCUCUCUUACUUGGAACCACGGCCACCGUCUUACAGCAAAGCACUUUAAAUCUGGAUGAUGUACAGACUGUAAAUGCAGAAGCCUUAGGUUCUCUGGCAUCCUUAUCCUUGAAGAAUUCCGGUCAGGAUCUCCAUGGCUUGACAUCCAGCAAUAAUCUCACAAUAGACUCUACCACAUUGACCCCGUCAAGCAGCCUCAGUGGAAACUGUGUCCCUGAACUACUGACUCCAACAAAAAGCGAACGAAACUUGCUUCCUGGCUCAGAUGUUGUCGGACAGCAGGAAGGAAGCAAAGUGGUGACUCAAUUUGUAUUCUCCAAUCCCACGGGAAACUACAGUGCUCAAAAAGAAAUGGAUCUUAGCACAGUGACUGGCAGCUCAUUUUUGGAGAGUGGAGGCUCAGCCAGGACAGACUACCGAGCUAUUCAGCUAGCCAAGAAAAAAAAGCAGAGAGGAACAGGAAGCAGCACAGGAGCGUCAAGCUCUGCUCAGAGGAAAAGCAAAAGCGACAAAGUCAGUACUCCCAGCGUCUCCACAGGUCUUAGCUGUCGGUUGAGUGGAAGCAUCGUAGUGCCAAGUGGAGGCUUAAUGAUACGAGAUCCAGCCACCGGAGCCCAAUAUGUUCAGAUCCAGUUAUUGCAGGGUGAGUCCACAAUCCUGGCAAAUCCUGCAUUUAAAAACAAUCCCAUCCUGUUUUGGAAAAACACCAAUGUACUCCACUACACUCCCUCCUUGGAUUAUUUCAACCUCAGGGUGACGCCCCUUUGCAUCCUGUCCUGCAGGAUGAUCCUUCAGGAGAUGGAGACUUACCAUUUCAACUCGGUUCUCAGUCUUCCACAUCCCAUUCUCAUCUUACUGUUGAUUUGCCAGUACAUAUUCUUCAGGAGCCGCACACUUCAGCUGAGGAUGAUGCUGGUUCUGACAAAUCACAAUUCACAGGAAGCACAAUAAAUUUACAGGACCUAGAAUAGUAUCAGUACAGCUUCUUAAAAGAGGAAAUAGUGCAAUCUUGCUCUGUCACAUGAAAAAGGACAUUGUUUAGAGCAUAGUAUAUUUUAGAAAGCAUGAAAACGUGGAGCUAAUGUGCAUUUUUAUGGCUUGAAGUGGAUGGUUUAAUUGCACUGGAGAGGAAAAUAAGCAAAUUCCACACCCAGUGUAAUUUUGUAGGUCUAGCCUAAUAAUUUUCAAAUUGCUCAUGGAAGAUGCUUUUCUUCCAUUUUGUCGUGUCAGCAGAAGGUGUCAAGGGCAAACUACUUGAAAAACUGCCUUGUUAAAGACGAUAUUCACGAUGAUUGCCUUCAGAGAAAAGCAAAUGCUUUUACCUAAGUACUCAAUCACCUUUCACAUAAGGCCAUCUUUCCCUUCUCCAGCUUAAAUCAUCCAGCAUUUGCCUCAAUGGACAAUAUCCUCUACUAGAAAUGCAAAGAAAAAAUUCCAGCUCACCAGAGUGAAGAUACUUUCAAACUCAAACUAAAGGUAGGGGAUGGAAUAGUUUGCUUCUUUGACUGGGGUUCCCUUUCCUUUUGAGAUUUUUCACUGCCUUUAUUUGGCUAAUUUCUGUCAAAAUUUGAAGGAAAAAAACUGAAGUCCAACUGCCCAACAAACAAUAGAAGUAUUUGUUUGAAAUGGUAUUAGGGAAAUGUCCAACUUUUCUGUAAACUUUCCCGUUUUGAGGGCCUGGGUGAUUGGUGUCAAUUCCAAAUUCAAGGAUUAUGUUCAACAGCCACACAAUGCACAGAAAUAAUAAAGCAAAUAUUUAAUCUUUGCAAGCAUCUGAUGAAGCUUACGCUCCCACCAUCAUGAAAGCAUUACCUAAAUAUGAGUGAAAGAAAAAUGUAAUGAUUGAAACAUGGAGGUUGUAAAUGCUGCAAGUUUAAAUCGAAAUGUGGCCCAUCCUCUACCUAGACAUUUCAUAGCCCAAGUAAGCAUGGGUGAUAAAUGUUCCUUUUAGAGAAUCAACAAAAGCAAAAAACGGAUCCUGCAUUUAUGUAAGAAUAUUUGUUGGCAGAUGUCUUUUUAUUCUAAGUGGUGUACUGAAUGCCUACAAAAUAAUGUGUGGGACUUUAAUCAUGGGAUGUGUAUCUCUGUUUUUAUAAUUGUGAGUUUCAAGGCAUGUACAUAUAUAUAAAUAUAUAUUUUUACAAAGUAAGGUAUGUCAUGCAAAGGUCUUGAUUUUAUUAUCUUGCACAUAUUUAUUCUUUACAGAUCUGGAAUUCAUACAGGGUCAUUCAGAAAUGCUUUUUAAAUUUUUUUUUUCCUCCCCUCCCCUGUGCCUUUUGAAGUAAUUGCUUGUGUCCAGACAUUGCUUCUUGGACUUGAAAGAAGAACUUCAAGUAUUUUCCACUCUCCAUUUCACUCAUUUGAGUGAUUUAAGCAUAGUCCUAUCUGUGAUACUUGUUCAUUCCACUCAGCUGCAUGUACAGUCUGUUCCCAGGGCACUUAAGCCACACAAGACCACAACUCUCAGCUCCGUUUAGGUGGGAAAAUUUCACUCACAUAUGAUUUCUUCGUUUCUUUCCCCAAAGAUUUGUUACACAUCACUGGCCAGGUUCAAGGGGGCAGAAAUGGCUGACAGGCCAAUAGCACCACAUCUACCCAGGGUUGUUAGACCUGUUCUCUUCCAGCAGGCGGGGUCCAAGAGUGGGUUUUGUAGAUGCCUAAACUUCCCUUGAAUGGUGUGAACCGUGGAACUGCUUGAGAGAAUACGUUGGAUCACCUGUUCUUACUAGAAAGGAACGAGCAGAGAUAUGCUCUCCCUUGACCUGCAGCGGAAUCUACUUUUACACGUGUACCUUACUGAAUGUAAGUCAUGAUCUGUUUUGCUCUCCCAUUUUCCUUGGUUUAUAAAGUUCGUUGCUGGCAAUGGACACAGAUGCUUGUGCAGAAGAAUAAAGCUUUUUUUUUUUAUGGUCA